AACAAUUCAUACAUCAUGCUCGAGAAAUCUCCAUCCGCUCAUUUCAAACAACUCACUUUUUAUAAUCCCGUGCGCUGUAUGCUUUAUAUUGUGAACGAUCGUAGUAGCUACAAUAUCCUCGGAUCAAUCAAAUGUUGCUGCGGUCACCUUGGUCCCGAUUGUUUUCAUAUCAGCAGCUGCCCCUCGUGUCUUCCUUUUCCGCUAGACAUCGUACAGAGAAGCGUCAUGGCUCCCCGUUACGAAAUUUGCGUCGGUCUGGACAAAGGUCACAAGACCACCGAGAACACCCUCAAGAAGCGGCCCGCCAAGGCUAAAGGCAAACUCUCCAACCACACCAAGUUCGUGCGCGAUCUAGUGCGCGAGGUGACUGGUUUCUCUCCCUAUGAGCGUCGUGCCAUGGAGUUGCUGAGGAUCUCCAAGGACAAGCGAUGCUUGAAGUUCUUGAAGAAGCGCAUCGGAAACCACAUCCGUGCCAAGAGGAAGCGUGAGGAGAUGUCCAACGUCCUCCAGGCCAUGAGGAAGCACGCCAAGUAAACCGUGAACUAUGUCAAGCCUACUACUAUCCUCUGGCUAUGUUUCGUGGAUUUAUUUGAUUGUGAUUUCGGUUCAUUAAAAACGAUACUGUCGAAUCCCACUUUCAA